AUGAGCUCCCAAACUGAAGCUAAUAAUGCAGAGCCAACAAGACGACAUCCAUUAUCAGUUGAAAAUUUUGAAAUGGCAAAGUGUUUGAUAAAAACCAACUCCACCAUUUGGACAAAGUUUCUUGCCUUCAUCGGUGCCCAUGACUUCCUAUCACCAGAGGUAUGGAGGGCAUCGUUGACAGAGCUCGUGGCAACAGCUUUCCUCAUAUUCUCCCUCACAUCCUCCAUCAUCUCCUGCUUAGAAUCACAAUCAACGGACCCGAAACUUCUAAUCCCAUUUGCUGUCUUCAUCAUAGCAUUCCUUUUCCUACUCGUCACUGUCCCAUUAUCCGGAGGCCAUAUGAGCCCUGUUUUCACUUUCAUAGCAACCUUAAGAGGCCUAAUAACACUCUCUCGUGCAUUCAUCUAUGUAUUCGCACAAUGUCUCGGAUCAAUUCUCUCCUUCUUCCUACUCCAAAGAGUGAUGAACCAAAGCGCAGCGCGGAAAUAUUCAUUGGGAGGAUGUUCAAUAACCGGCAAUGGUUAUGAAACAACCGGGAUAAACACCAUUACAGCUUUGGUUUUGGAGUUCUCGUGCACGUUUCUGGUGCUUUUGAUUGGAGUAACGGUGGCAUUCGAUAAGAACAUGAGCAAACAACUUGGGUUAGUAAUGGUUUGUGUUGUGGUGGCCGGAGCAAUGGGGGUUGCGGUUUUCGUGUCGAUUUCGGUGACUGGGAGCGGUGGUUAUGGUGGUGUGGGUUUGAACCCUGCAAGGUGUUUGGGUGCUGCAUUGCUAGUGGGUGGUAGGUUGUGGGAUGGACAUUGGGUUUUCUGGGUUGGUCCAUUUUUAGCUUGUAUUUUGUAUUAUGGAUUUUCUUUGAGUUUGCCUAGAGAGGGCUUGAAUUUUAUAGAUGGUGAACAUGAUAUUUUGAGGUUGGCUCGGAAUUGUUUUAGAACUAGUGUUGAAAGGAAAAAUAACAGCAAUGUCUGA